AUGGCCAUGGAAAUGCUGCCCACGUACUUGGGGUACGCAGAUCCCACACAGGUGGUGACGGUUAUUUCACGGAGCGCAGCGAGCAGCUCAGCACCAAGUCUGGUUAGCUCUUGUGUGCCCAGGAAUGGGGAGGCUUGGAAACCAGGAGAAAAGGCUUUUCUGGUCCUGACUGGCCCCAAUCAGAUCAAAGGCAUAUGGAGGGGAUCUACCACCUUGCCAUGUGCCUACACGCCUGUGGAGGACUUUGUGCAGCAAACGCUCACGUGGAGUGUGGUACACGACCAGAGCUCCGGCACCAUCUUUCGGAGGGAUGACUCUGGCGACCACACUCUCCUGUCCGAGUACAGGGGCAGGGUCAGCAUCCCGAAGGAAGUCUCAGGAAACGUGUCUCUCCACAUCCUGAACCUGGAGGUCUCUGACAGGGGAGCCUACACUUGCCAGGUCACCUGGAGAGCCAGCAACAACAGCCUGGUAACAAAAGAGAUGACCACUAAACUGGAGGUUGUUAAAGGUAAACCUGAGAACAAAGCUGUGCAGGAGUGGAAGGCUUGGCUCGGGAAGGCUUUUGGGAAUUGA